AAUGGCGGGAAGCUAAACCAAAGAAGAGAGUCCCUUGAGAAUUUUGUUAGAAUCUAGAGAGAGAAAGAAGAGAGAGAGAGAGAGAUGGAGAAAGCAGUGGCGGAGACGGAGGAGCUGCCGAAAGCUAUCGUGCGCCGAGUGGUGAAGGAUAAGUUGUCUCACUGCGCCGAUGAUACCGACUUUAAUGUCCACAAAGAUGCUCUCCUUGCUUUCUCCGAAAGCGCUCGCAUCUUCAUCCACUACCUUUCCGCAACGGCAAAUGAUAUAUGCAAGGAGUCAAAGAGGCAGACUAUAAGUGGGGAUGAUGUAUUGAAAGCAUUGGAAGAGAUUGAAUUCUCUGAGUUUCUCGACCCUCUCAAUUCUUCUCUUAUUGAGUUUAGAAAGAAGAACGCUGAGAAAAAGAAAGGAACAUCACAAACUAAGGAUGUGAAAAAGAAAAGAAAGUUGGAAGAACCGUUAUCGGAUAAAAAUGAAGGUAGUGAAAGCAAACAAGAUGAAAAUGAUGAAGAGAAUGGAACUGGUGGUGACUGAACUCAACCUAUUUGUAAUACAGAAUGUUGUUAACAUUAGGUAGAAAUAAUUAGUGAACGAUCUGCUGACAUAUAUUUAAUCAGUUAUAUAUUUGAACACAAUAUCUGUGUUUUAAUCAUUUUUUUUUUUUACACAAUAUCUGCUUUUAUCUGCUGACAUGUAUUUAAUCAGUUAUAUAUUUCUUACUGUCCCUAA